CACGCAAUCACUACCUGGCGCAAGUCGUACCGAGCAAACACUGCCAGUUCAGAUUUAUUUCUUCGGAUAGAACGGCGGCUGGAUAUCUGAAAAUGCCGUCAACAAAGCCUUUUCUACUCGCUUUCCUUCUCUAUCUAGGGCUAGCAGCAAUUUGCUUUCAGCAGUCUCUAGCGAUGACUCCGGAGAUGCUGCGAAAUUCCAUGGCUCACCGAGUUCAGGAGAUGAAUUUACGUACGACGGCAGAAACACUGAAUAUCACCAAAGUCUCUGCGCAGUGCAAUGCGUCUUUCUCUGCUCUACUGAACGGCAACUCGACUAAAAUACUGCUGAGAUAUGCGGACGCAGCUGGAAAACCUGCAUCCGGGAUCAUGGCUGGCGCGUUGGCGUGGAUUGGUUCGUAUGAUGAGUGCCUCAGUAUCCCGGAUGCUCACUAUUGCUUGGCAAACCUAGCUCCUAAUAUGAGCGGCGCGGCGGCAGCCAAUCCGUUUGGAGCAGAACUGAAGUGGGGCCUUUGUGUGCCCAAGGGGUGCAGUGCUGACGAUGUAAGGAUUGGACUGUUCGACAUUAUCCAAGCCUUGGGACUAGAGAAAACCAUCCGCUUGGCUCCGGAUAUAGCCACGAUAACACAGUCAGAUGCAAGGACCGUGCAUUGCGCUAAGCCCACCGAGUAUACAACAGGGGUUAUCGUCACACUUACCAUCUGUGGUGCUGUCCUGUUCCUCUGUUUCGUUGGAUCCGUUCUCGACAUCUUAAUCGAUUCCUGUUCCAAACCCAAAGAAGACACCAUCCCUAUAGCCAAUGGCGACGAAUCGUUUGGUGCUUACGGAUUCGUCACCAAAGACCCUGCAGAACUCCUAGUAAAGACCAUGCGCAAAAGUAUUGUUGUAGAGUUCUUCUUGUGUUUCUCGAUCAUCCGUAACACCUCCCGUAUCAUGGAUACGAAUGUCCCCCCUGGCGCCAUCACCUCCAUCAACGGCAUGAGGGUUCUCAGCAUGUUCUGGGUCAUCCUUGGGCAUACAUUCAUCUGGCAAUUGAUUGGUGGAUUAGAAUCUAACAUUGCGCUGAAGUUAGACAUCUUGCAGAGGUUUACGUUCCAGGCCCUAAUCAACGCGACCGUCUCCGUUGACUCCUUCUUCUUCCUCAGUGGGCUUCUCGUGGCUUACUUAUCGUUUCGUCAUAUGGAGAAGAAAGAUGGAAAACUGAACUUAUUUCAAUUCUACUUUCAUCGCUUCUGGAGGUUAACGCCAUCGUACAUGUUCGUGAUUCUGUUCUAUGACAAGAUGAUGGGGUUUCUGGGUGAUGGUCCAAUGUGGUACUUACAGCAGGAGCCCAAUACUCCCUGUAACAAGUACUGGUGGACAAACCUGCUCUAUAUCAACAAUUUCUACCCCACAAACUUUGGGUUAUCGUGUUUGGACUGGUCCUGGUACUUGGCCAAUGACAUGCAGUUCUACGUCAUCAGUCCCAUAAUCCUUAUUGCCACGGCUAGGUUCGGUAGGCGUGGUCUGCUGUUGACGCUUCUACCUCUACUGUUGGGGUCGUUUGUAGCCACCGCCGUCAUAAUCGGCCAUUAUCGACUGAAUGCCGGUUUAUUGGGAGGUGGCGAGAACGCUCCACAAGCAGAUGGUCCCAACUUCAUGUCCUACGUGUAUGUCAAACCGUACUGCCGGAUUGCGCCUUACCUUGUGGGGAUGGCUCUCGGCUACUUGUUUCACCGCCAUAAAGACGGGCCAGGCAAGGUCCCAAAGGGAUUUUACUUGGUUGGCUGGUGCAUGGCCUUCAUCAUGGCUGUCGCCCCUCUCUACGGCCCGUACAGCGAGUACCGCAAGAUCGACCCUAAGCCAUUCAACAGGACUGAAAAUGUAUUCUACGGCACUUUCUCCAGGUUUUCGUGGGCGUUGGCGCUCGCAUGGGUCAUAUUCUGCUGUCACACAGGCUACGGAGGCCUCGUGAAUAAGAUCCUUUCCGCUCGGUUCUGGAUCCCUCUCAGCCGCCUUACCUACAUGGCUUACCUGCUCCAUCCCAUAAUCCUGUUCGCGUACUUCGCGAGCUUUAAGACCUUGAUGUUCUACUCGGAUGUCAACGUGUCGUUCUAUUUCUUGGCUGCUCUCUGCGUCGCCUACCUAUGCGCGUUCAUUGUCUCCGUUACCAUAGAGAUGCCCAUGAUGCAGUUGGAAAAGAUCCUCUUCAAAACCGAUCGCAAGAAAGACUAGAUUAUUAGGUAGAGUGUACUAGUCUACUAGCAAACUUUCAUUUUUCGGUUUAUUUGGCAUGUUUUUUUUUCCUUCGAUAGUGAAAACCCGGCCUAGAUGAGCAAAUUGAAAAUAAGCC